AUGAGGUCGAUUGCCCUCGCCCUGAGCUGCCUCGGGGCUCUCUUCACCAGCUUCUCCGCCGCAGACUCAAAUCUCACGAAGCCACUCUCCUCAAAACAGAUAUUAUCCAGCAGCUUCAAGCCUCCCCAGGUCUUCCGAAACGUCAAUUUGGUACGCAAUGUCAAUCUUGAGAAGGAAUACCCGCGGGAGACGAUCAACGUAAUCAUCGAGAACGUCGACGCGCAACCUCAAGCCGAAUAUUAUCUGCCAUUCGAGGCUGGGCUGAUUGCAAGAGUUGGUGGUUUGGAGGCUCGGGACAAGAAGGACGCUUCCAAGGGCGCAUUUCAGGCGGAAGUCGUCGAAUAUGACACAUAUAGGUACGACUGUAUUACUUUCAGUCCCACCGAGUUCUACCUGAUCCACCUUCCCGAGCCACUCGCGCCUUCUGCCCAGCAGACUCUCAGCAUCUCGUACACCGUCCUCUCCGCCCUCGAGCCCCUACCCGCAUCCAUUGGCCAAAUGGAGCAACAAUACGUCCAAUACACGUUUAGCGCCUACACCCCCUCUGCAUACCCGACUUCCAAGCAGAAGACCAAGCUCAAAUUCCCCUCCGCCAACAUCCCAGACUACACUAUCCUCCCAUCUCCCAACGCCGAUGGCACCGAAGACCCGCAGAAACAAGGUAGUACUUUCACCUAUGGGCCCUACUCAGACAUCCCCGCCGGUGCCGCCGAGUCCGUCUCCGUCCGCUACGAGUUCACUAAACCCCUUAUCCACGCCACACUACUAGAGCGCGACAUUGAGGUCUCGCACUGGGGCGGCAAUCUGGCGACCGAGGAGCGCUACUGGCUUGUAAACCGCGGCGCGACGCUCAAGAACCACUUCUCGCGUGUGCAGUGGCAGAUGGCUGCUUACGCUAACCCGCCUACGUCCGCGCUCAAGGAACUUAAGGUCCCACUUCGGGGGGGUGUAAUGAACCCGUAUUUUACGGAUGAUAUUGGUAAUGUCAGCACCAGCAGAUUCAGGAGCGAUGACAGAGAAGCGCUGCUAGAGCUUAGGCCGCGAUAUCCAGUUUUUGGAAGCUGGAAAUACAGCUUCCGUAUCGGGUGGGAUGCAGAUCUGAGUGGUUAUCUGCGACGGUUGAAGAUUGGGGGUAGCUAUGUGCUCAAAGUUCCUUUUUUGGAGGGGCCGAGAAUGGCUGAGGGAGUUGAAUACGAGAAGGUGAUUGUCAGAGUCGUGUUGCCCGAGGGGGCGAAAAACGUCAAGUGGGAGACCAGUGUUCCUCUCGUCGGCUCGGAGGUCUCGCUUCACCGCACGUUCAUGGACACGCAAGGCCGGACGACGCUGAAGCUCACAGCGCUUAAUCUGGUAGAUGAGUGGCGGGAUAGGGACAUCGUUGUCACCUACGACUACCCCUGGACAGCCGGCUUCCGCAAGCCUGUUACUAUCUUCGCUGCUGUGCUUGUAGUUUUUGCAGUUGCAUGGGCUGUCGGGAGCGUUGACACAAGCAUUGCUGCGCGACAAAAAAGAUAG